AUGGCACUGUUGAUUAUACCGAUUACCUGUUUUGUGAUUCCUCUUGCUACUUCCCAGACUUGCCAGACCCCUGACGACUUCGUGGCUGCCACUUCUCCAGGGCAUGUCAUAAUUGGAGGUUUAUUUGCCAUUCAUGAAAAAAUGCUGUCCUCAGAAGACUAUCCCAGACGACCAGAAAUCCAGAAGUGUGUUGGGUUUGAAAUAUCAAUUUUUCUUCAAACUCUUGCCAUGAUUCACAGCAUUGAGAUGAUCAAUAAUUCAACACUAUUAUCUGGAAUCAAACUGGGGUAUGAAAUCUAUGACACUUGUACAGAAGUCACAGUGGCAAUGGCAGCUGCUCUGAGGUUUCUUUCUAAGUUCAACAGCUCCGGAGAAAUCAUGGGGUUUAAAUGUGACUAUUCCAGCUACAUGCCAAGGGUUAAGGCUGUCAUAGGUGCUGGCUACUCAGAAAUAACCAUGGCUGUCUCCAGGAUGUUGAAUUUACAGCUUAUGCCACAGGUGAGUUAUGAAUCAACUGCAGAAAUCCUAAGUGACAAAAUUCGCUUUCCUUCAUUUUUACGGACUGUGCCCAGUGACUUCUAUCAAACUAAAGCAAUGGCCCACCUGAUUGAGAAGUCUGGAUGGAACUGGAUUGGCAUCAUAGCCACAGAUGAUGACUAUGGACAAAUGGCCCUCAACACUUUUGCAGUUCAGACCACAGCAAAUAAUGUGUGCAUAGCUUUCAAAGAAGUUCUCCCAGCCUUCCUCUCAGAUAAUACCAUCGAAGUCAGGAUCAAUGAGACACUUGAGAAAAUCAUAGCAGAAGCCCAGGUUAAUGUCAUUGUGGUAUUCCUGAGGCAAUUCCAUGUUUUCAAUCUCUUCAGUAAAGCUCUAGAAAGGAAUAUAAAUAAGAUAUGGAUUGCCAGUGACAACUGGUCAACGGCCACAAAGAUUACAACCAUUCCUAAUGUUAAAAGGAUUGGCAAAGUUGUAGGGUUUACCUUUAGAAGAGGGAAUAUGUCUUCCUUCCAUUCCUUUCUUCAAAAUCUGCAUAUAUUUCCCAGUGAUAAUAACAAGGUCUUAAAUGAAUAUGCCACACUCUUGUCUGCUUGUGCAUAUGUCAAGGACAGUGAUUUGAGUCAGUGCAUUUCCAACCAUUCUCAGGGGACUUUGGCCUACAAGGUUGACAAGGAUUUAGAAAGGAACUUCUCCCUGAGAAAUGAUUUCCUGUGGGAUUAUACUGAGCCAGGCCUUGUUCACAAUAUCCAGCUUGCAGUACUUUCUCUUGGUUAUGCCAUUCGGGAUCUCUGCCAAGCUCGCGACUGUCAGAACCCCAACGCCUUUCAACCAUGGGAGUUACUUGAUGCACUAAAAAAUGUGACAUUCACUGAUGAAGGGAAUUCAUUUCAUUUUGAUGCUCAUGGGGAUAUGAAUACUGGAUAUGAUGUUGUGCUCUGGAAGGAGAUUGAUGGUCACCUGACUAUCACCAAGAUAGCACAAUAUGAUCUGAAGAAUGAUGUCUUCGUCAUCACAGACCAAGAAACAAAAAAUGAGUUCAGAAAUCUUAAGCAAAUUCAGUCUAAAUGCUCCAAGGAGUGCAGUCCUGGGCAAAUGAAGAAAACUACAAGAAGUCAACAUAUCUGCUGCUAUGAAUGUGUGAACUGUCCUGAAAAUCACUACAGUAACCAGACAGAUAUGGAUCACUGCCUUUUAUGUAACAACGAAACUCAGUGGGCCCCUGUAAGGAGCACAGCAUGCUUUGAAAAGGAAGUGGAGUAUCUCAGUUGGAAUGACUCCUUGGCCAUACUGCUCCUGGCCCUCUCCCUACUAGGAAUCAUGUUUGUUCUGGCCAUUGGCAUAAUAUUUACAAGAAACCUGAACACGCCUGUUGUGAAAUCGUCUGGGGGAUUGCUGGUCUGCUAUGUGAUCCUUCUCUGUCAUUUCCUCAACUUUGCCAGCACGGGCUUUUUCAUUGGAGAACCACAAGACUUCACAUGUAAAACCAGGCAGACGUUUUUUGGUGUGAGCUUCACUCUCUGCAUCUCCUGCAUUUUGGUGAAGUCCCUGAAAAUUCUGCUAGCCUUCAGCUUCGACCCCAAGUUGCAGAACUUCCUGAAGUGCCUCUAUAAACCGAUCCCCAUCAUCUUCACUUGCACAGGUAUCCAGGUUGCCAUUUGCACAAUCUGGCUGAUCUUUGCAGCACCUGCUGUGGAAGAGAAUGUCUCCUUGCCCAGAGUCAUUAUCCUGGAAUGUGAGGAGGGAUCCAUCCUUGCAUUUGGCAUCAUGCUGGGCUAUAUUGCCAUCCUGGCCUUCAUUUGCUUCGUAUUUGCCUUCAAAGGCAGGAAACUACCUGAGAAUUACAAUGAGGCCAAAUUCAUAACAUUUGGCAUGCUCAUUUAUUUCAUAGCUUGGAUCACAUUCGUCCCCGUCUAUGCUACCACAUUUGGUAAAUAUUUACCAGCUGUGGAGAUCAUCGUUAUUUUAAUAUCGAACUAUGGGAUCCUGUGUUGCACAUUCUUCCCCAAAUGCUAUGUUAUUCUUUACAAGCAGGAGACUAACACAAAAUCUGCCUUUCUCAAGAUGAUUUACAGUUACUCUUCCCACAGCGCAAGCAGCCUUGCCAUGAGUCACGUUUCCCUGGACUCCUCUAGCAGCAACAUCACAGCGACCAAUCCCAGCUCCGGUGGCAGGCCUGCAGCCUGGCAGGAAAGCAGGGAUAUUCAGGCACAGACAUUUGCACACAUACGCAGAGAAAACGCUGCAAGUAUGUCUAAAACUUUGCCUCGAAAAAGAAUGUCAAGUAUAUGA